AUGGGCCCCGACGGUGGGGAUGUUCCCGACGAGGUGAGGAUCGCCCGGCGGCCGCAUCCCGCGACGCAGUUUCACGGGAAUCGCCCCGUGGAGGGCCUCCCCGGCCUCCCCGGCAGCCUUCCCCUCCGUUUGGUCGAUUCCACCCUCGGCGGCGAGGCGGUGGCGGUUUCCGCGCUCCCCUUGGAGGCGUUAUCGCGGGUUUUGAGCGGCCGUCAUCGCGCGAGGUGUCGUCGGCUGGGGUAUGUGUGGAAUCUCCAAAAACAACGCCGGCGAGGGGAGGGGUGGUGGGAGCAACACCUGCCCGUUUUCGCCACGGCGGACGCGGCGCCGCAGGUGAUGGAUUUGGAUCUCCGCCAAACCGCCUCUCGGGUGGCGCGACGCACCCACGAUAGCGGGGUGGUGGUGAUUUAA